GAAAUAAACAAGUAUAUAUAUUCCCUUUAAAGAGCCUCUCGGUCUGUUGUAUCGCUGUUGCUAUGACAAUCCCGUGAAACCAAAACAGGAAGUAGAUCGUGACAAGUGCAGAGAAACAGGUUCUUGUUGAAGUAUGGCUGACAGAUACCGUCAUUUAAAGAAAGUCAUCGAAUGCAUUGAUAGAAGAGAAUAUUACGAGCAAAACUUCAGCGAUUCCGAUGUAGAAACUGCAAAACGAGAACUCUCGGCUAUUUGUCAGGCAGUGCCCGCCAUUUCCUCAGAUAUGCAGAGAGAUUUAAUCAAAUUUCUAGACUUAGUAGGAUCAAGAAAAAUUCAAGAAAUAAGUAAAUACAAGCAACAAUACGAUUACCUCUCCCGUUAUAACGCAGUCAUCACGGAGUAUGAAAAGCAUACCAAACCGAACCUCUCAGCAUCAGAUGUACACGGCUCCCAUAAAGCAACACCAACUAGACCAAAUGACGAAUAUGAUGGCUCCUCGAAAUCAGUGCCUUUGAAAACGAGUGAAAGUAACGAAAUGACAAUAAAAAACAUGGAAAUUAGUGAACUUAAAACAAGACUAAGCAAAGUUGCCGGGGAGAAGUUGAGAGACAACAAUCCGUCCAUCGCAGAUCUUAGUGAUAUGAACAGGCCCACCAAACUUGCCGAACAUUUCAAAGAAUUAUACGACAACGAGUGGACGAGUGCUUAUGAAGCACUACAAAGCAAGUCAGGAAUGAAAAGCGAAGAAGAAAUAAUAAAGAAAUUAGGCAAAAUGUUAAAGAUGGCUUACACGUUUUGUCGUAACCAAGGAAGAACUCACAGAAAUAAGAUACAGGAAACUUUAGUUCAUCCUGCGGGCAUUCAUGUAACAUUAAACGCCAAUGUGGAACCUAAUGUUGAAAAACUAUUGCGCCCAAGAGUCCGUCAAAUACAACGAGAAACAGGUGUUUACGCCAUACCAGCCAUUCAAGAGAUAUUUAGAAACCAACAUGAAGAUGAAAUCAAGAAGAACGAAUGGAAUGAUUCUAAAGAAAUAAUGACUUAUUUAGAAAACUGUGUUCGCAUUUGUUGGCUAUUUGCUAUUCAAGACCCACCCAUGGAAUUGUUGUGGCCAAAGGAACAAAGUAAAGUGGAUGACCACUUGACUGAAUUUACCAAGCGGGGAAAUGUAAUCAGCUUUGUCGUUUGGCCGUCUUUGUACCUUCACGCGAACGGUCCCUUGAUGUGCAAGGGUGUUGUUCAACCAGUUUGAUAACAGUUACAACAACAAUCAAAGCCAGUCAUUUGACUGAUUAUAACUUAUCACUGUGAUAUAUUCAGUGACUGUGAUAUGUACCAUAUUCAGGAUUAUUAAGUCUAUAAUACAGAAUAUGAUUACACAUGUAUAUAACAGAGAUGAAAAAGACUAAAUUUCCUUUAUCCAAGUUUGAUUUCUUUAAGUUGGUUUAAGCUUGAUCGCAUUUAUGUUAGCAUAACAAAAGGAAACAGUACGCGAUGUGAAUUAUAUUUCAGAGCAAGAAAAAGCGAUAUUUAUUUUGUGACAUGAUGACAAAGUUCAGAUUUUGUUCUACCCUUUAUACAUGUAGUAGUGAUAUUGAGAAAUAUCAAAAUGCAUAUGAUAUUUUAUAAUCUACAUGUAUAUCUCGCAGGUCAAUGUUAAACUCAUACAUGCUAGUAGAAUAACAAAUAAUUGGAAGUUUGGUCCAACCAAAAUAUUGUAAUUAUCCUAUGGAAUAAAAACGCUAAAGCAAGAUUUCUACUAUAUGUGUCUAUACAUGUGUGAUGGUAUUUUCAUGUAUAUAUGGGAGACAUUCUCCCAGGAUAAAUAUUCCUGCUGUUUAGAAUAGGAUAAUGAUGUGAUUUCAUACAGGGUUCUGUCUUUCAAUUCUAAUAUUUAUGUUUCUACAAGCAUUCAAAUUCUGAAGUUCAACCUUCAGCUAUGAGAUACAGAAAAAACGCUCACUUUUUGUUUUUUUGCGUUUUGAUAUUUCUCAAUAUCAUUGUUAUAGGGCAGCAACUCGUGUGGGAUUUGUCGUAUCUGGAGUUGAAUGUACUGAUUAAGAUCUCUAUAUACAGUUUUAGAAGAAAUUUUAUCAUACAUUGUGAGAGCUAACAAGUCGAAAGUUUCUUACAGGUUUACAUUCUGAAUAUGAUGCAUUAAACUAAUAUUUCUCUGUGUAUCUAACAAUUCUCCAGUUCAAUAAAUGAGUUGUUCAUUGAUAAAAAAAUUUUUUAAAAAUAGUUGAAUUUAGGUGUUUGUGUGAUGGAGAGAACAGACACGGAAUAAUAAUAAAAUCUAUAUACACUG